AUGGAGCGGAAGAGGAAAUUGCCCGCAAGGGCUGCCGCGCGCGUCGAACACAUCGCGAAAAAGCGCACCGUCACGCCUCCCGAGCAUCGAUCCGUCACCCCAGUCCCAGCUCCCGUCGAAGAGCCCCCGCCGCCGACGUUGCCCAAGACCGUCCAGCCUGGAAAGCCUCUUCCUACCAUCGAGGAGCCCCAGCCCGAUGACCUUCCUGCGAGGGAAUAUCAGUCUUUUCAGGAGAGUGGCGUUCUAGCCGAGUCUCUUGCCCGGUCGCGACACAGAUGGAUAGCCGAAGGAAUGUUUGAAAAGUACUGGACGAAGCCGCUGAGGAAGAAGGGUGCGACCGAGGAUCCCAAGAAUCCGGCCAAAGAUACCAUGACCAAAAUUGGCCCCGUGCAAAUCACGAUUGAGCCGCACGUCUUUGAGGCCACCAUGUGGGCUAUCAAAGACCCGAAGCCGCCCGCGCCGACCACCCAGGCAACCUUCCGACCCAUUCUUCAAUACGGACCUCCCAAUGGCGCCAUGCCGCCUCCGCCUACACCGGUAUCGACAACUGCCAAUCCGUCUCUUGCACCAGUCGAUUCGAAGCCAACGCCCCCGGUUCCGACGCCAACUCCUCCCUCACCCGCAGCUCAACAAGCGCAGCCCAGACCACCGUCGUCUGCUGCAAAUGAACCGCCCAAAGCGAUCCCAUCACCACGUAGCCUGGGACCUACGCAGCCUGCGACAGCGACAGCACCUCCUCCUAGGGCACUUGCUCACCCGGCGCCUGCUUCAGCGCAUGGUCAAGGGCCAGCGCCAUUGCCAGCGCCCGCACCGGGCACUCCUUCGGUUCCCGCCGCUCAACCUGGGCCUGCCAACUCUGCACCCACGUCAAGGCCAGCAAGCGCGACUCCAACACCUGCUUCAGGUGCUGGAAAGCCCCCAGCAGCCAAAGCACAGGGUACAGAUCCCAUCAUUAUGACGUUAGCCGAAAGAGCGUCGGAAGAUCCCCUUCUUCGCGACCUGAUGAAACGAGUCGCGGCCGGGGAAGCGAAGCCCGAUGAGCUUACCAAUUUCCAAAAGAUUAUAGACCAAAUCACGUUGGAAUAUAAGAGGAAGGGCGGCCAGCAGGGCCCUUCGGCAGACAGGCUACUUGUCGAUGGGAGGACAGUCAAGUACUUCGCCGAUGAGGUGCGCACGAUCGUGGACAUUGUGCUCAACACCAAUCCACGCCAGAAAUCGGCUGAGCUUCUUCCUCCUCGAGGGAGCGACCCCUUGGUGGUUGCACUGGUGAGAGCGGCAUUGGAUGACAACAAGAUACGGUCGAUGAUUCGUCGGAUUGCCGAGAACCAACCAGGCUUCACGGACGCAACCGAUCUCAAGGCGGUGCUUGACAAGCUGUGCAAGGAGUUGAAGGGCGGCCUCACUCCUCAGCCUCAACCAUCCACGCCGCAAACUCCCGUCAAUGGCGUGCCGAACGGCCACCCUCCAAAAGCAGCUGCCGCACCCGCACCUGCGCCUUCACCAAAAACGACCCCUGCGCCAUCGCCUGCAACGCAGUUGCAGCAACCUCCUCAGCAGGCACUGCGCUCCAAAGGUCCUCCGCAACAACCGGCAAGGCCUGAGAUCUCAGGCGUGUGUUUUGAUUUCACUGGCGGAAACGGCGAUCGCUAUCUUUUCCCGAAGUACAGCAUUUUGGAGUACCUCCCUGGCGGACAGCAGGUCAUCGCCUCCUUUUUGAUCGUCCGCAAAGGAAGUCAAUUAGAGUACGGCGGCGAUGCUCUGCUCGAUUAUUAUCAGCCGGUGACAGUCCGGAUCUUUUCUCCCGCGGGACGCAACCUGGAUUACCUUCAGCGAGUCGUUGCCCCCCUUGACGAAGUCAAACGAUAUAUGGACGACGUGAUGGACAACAUGACGCGGGCCGAAUACGUUCUCUUGGCUAUGCGUCUGCCUCGCGGCGAGCGGGAGUCAGAUAAGGAGGACAACGCCAACGCCAGUGGUCAAGUGUCACGGCUGCAGUCCUCGGCCCCUGAUGCCUCUGCGCCCAAGCAGCAGUCAGUCAUGUGGGGUCCCAGGGCGUCCAAAUUUGUGCAGAAGUUCAACAAGAAGUGGUUCGAAGAGUGGAAGAAGAAAGAGGGUGGAGCCCCAGCCAAGUCCGACGACUUCUUCAGAGAGGCUUGUGAGGCAAUCGGCCGCGACCCUCUGGAUAAGGACAUAGAAUACGAGAAGAUGAUUGAGCUCCUGGCCGCCAAGGACUCAGAGUCGUCUUCUUGA